AUGGGCGAUGGCUGGAGGGGUGCAAGGCUCACCGCUGAUUGUGACCGAAGUGAAAUUGGGGCUGGUCACGUACAAAUACAAUUGGUCGGGGGCGUACAUAAGUUGUUGUUUCCGCUCUUCGCCGUCUACCACCUCCACGACGACCGAUCUUUCUUGUGCUUGUCCACAUCGCUCAUCGAUAUAAUCUCUAGAUACACGACUCUUGGGCGUGUUCAAUCCGCAAGCGAGUUUGGCCACGACGUCUGGUCCACGACAGAAUACGGUAUUUAUUGGCAAUUGCCACCGCGCGAAGGGCACGUUGUGAUCAAAAGCUGGGACAUCUUCCCUCUUCACUCAUCCCAUCUUCCUUUACAUACUCGUCUCAUUCUUCAACACGCGUCCUCUUGCAAUCCUCCUCCCGGCCGCGCGCUGUCCGCAUUGACCUCUUUUUUAUAA